GCCGCCGGGGGAGGGAGGGAGCGGGGCAGGAAAGGAUUUAGGAAGGAAAAAACAAUUCAAAUUAAUUCUUUUUUCUUAAAGAGGGGAUUUAAAGGGAAUUUGAAAAAUUAAAGGAAAAAGUUUGAAAGUUAAAGGACAGAAAAAAACUUUAAAAAGAAAAAUUUCAAGAGGAAGUAAUUUUUUUUCAAGAAAAAAAAAAACCAACAAAUUUGAGGGAGAAAAAAAAAUUGCGAAGGGCUUGAUCCAGGCGACAGAGAACAAUACUCGCCGGGAAAGUUGCUGCGCGGCUCGGGAGGGAGCGGCAGAAGGAAAAUGCCGCAGCUGGGCAGCGGCGGCGGGGACGACCUGGGGGCGACGGACGAGAUGCUGGCCUUCAAGGACGAGGGCGAGCAGGAGGAGAAGAUCCCCGAGAACGCCUUCACGGAGCGCGACUUGGCCGACCUCAAGUCCUCGCUGGUGAACGAGUCGGAGGGCAGCGGCAGCCCGGCCGCCGCCGCCGCCGACCCCGAGGCCAUCAGGCGUGUGCAGGAUCCGCAGAGGGUUUAUCAGGAGAAGCUCCCGGACCACAUGGAUGAUGGUAUGAAGCAUCAGGAUCCAGGGAUGUAUAAAGGAUCUGCAUACUCUGGCUACCCUUUCCUAAUGCUCUCCGACCCUUAUUUGCCAAAUGGAUCUAUGUCACCUCUGUCCAACAAAGUUCCUGUCGUGCAGCCAUCCCAUGGAGUCCAUCCGCUCACCCCACUCAUCCCUUACAGCAACGACCAUUUCAGCCACAGCUCCCACUCGCCCCACUUGCCUGCAGACAUCAACCAGAAACAAGGAGUGCACCGUCCUUCGCAGACCUCAGACAUCCCUGGUUUCUACCCGCUGCCUCCCGGCGGAGUGGGACAGAUCACGCCGUCGAUGGGAUGGUUCACUCACCCACUGAUGCUGGGCUCCAGCAUGCACACCACCGGCAUCCCGCACCCUGCCAUCGUGCCCCACUCCGGCAAGCAAGAGAUGGAGCACUAUGACCGAAACAUGAAACCUCAACCAGAACCAAAGAGAGAGAAGGAAGCCAAGAAGCCUACUAUCAAGAAGCCCCUGAAUGCUUUCAUGUUGUAUAUGAAAGAAAUGCGGGCAAAGGUCAUUGCUGAGUGCACGCUGAAGGAGAGCGCCGCGAUCAACCAGAUCUUGGGAAGGAGGUGGCAUGCGCUGUCCCGGGAGGAGCAGGCCAAGUACUACGAACUGGCUCGCAAGGAACGGCAGCUCCACAUGCAGCUCUACCCAGGCUGGUCUGCCAGGGACAACUAUGGGAAAAAGAAGAGACGGACACGGGAAAAGCAGCAAGAUUCCAACUCAGAUCCUGCCUCUCCUAAGAAAUGCAGAGCUCGCUUUGGCCUCAACCAACAAACGGACUGGUGCGGCCCAUGCAGGAGGAAAAAGAAGUGCAUUCGGUACUUACAAGGAGAAGGACGCUGUGCCAGCCCAGUUUCUUCCGAUGGAAGUGCUAUAGACUCCCCUCCCUCUCCUCUGGACGCACUCCAAUGCAUCUCCUCUGCUUUUCCUUCAGACAAGCUUGCAGCCCCCGCCGACUCCGCACACAGAGAACAGCCCGACCCCUUCCCCGUCUCCGCUCACCUCCAAACCGCCACCUGCUCCUCCAGACUGACGGCCAGGUGCUCCUCUGCGCCCACAGAGUCCCCAGCGUACAGCGUGGCCUCCACGGGGACAUAGUCCCGCGCCCAGACGCGUUGGCCGAGACACUGGGCACUUCGCUUUCUCCCACCCGGUUUCGCUGCCCACUGACAAGGACCAGAGGCCCAUCCAAAUUCCCCAUCUCACUGUAAAACGUGCAAAGUUAGGCAACAGGAUGACUUAAAAGAUGCUGGAAAACUCAUUUGGGUUUUUUUUUGGAGGGGGGGGAUGGUGGUUAAAGAUAGAAAAGUUAUUUCAAAAAAAAAAGGUAAAAGAGAAGUACUUGCCAAACUUUAAAGUGCUGAUGAGUAAAUAAGCCUUCUGUCCCUGCCCUGUGCUGCUUUUUUUUUGUUUGUUUGGGGUUUUUCUCUAUUUUUUUUACUGCAUUAUCUUCAAGCAUGGCAGAAAGCAGAUAAACUCCCCAGCUUGCUGCAGUAGAUGGUAGGUGCUAUCAAUCAAACACUGGCUUCCAUUCCCUUCCGAGCUGCUUUAAAGUGUAAGUCGCUCAGAUUUCUCGUAGCUGUUAAACCAAGGAGCUGCAAAAGCUGGAAUAGGAGCAGUUUUAAAAAGCCCUUCUGUCUGAAAACUAAAUGUAGCCAUGCUAGGUUUCUGGUCUGACCGGAGAACAGAGACAUUCAAUAUUUCAACCAACGAGGUGAAUUUUUUAAACUCCUUGUUUGAGAACGGGAAGAUGUUGUUUACAGGUAACUGGUCUCUGCGCAGCCACAUCCCGUUCCACGAGCGAACGGCACAGGGAAAGGGAGCACUGUCUCUGAUAGUCAAUUGCUGACAGCAUCAGUGAGGUGCAGGGUCUCCCUUGCUGUUAGGAAUUGUCUGCUGCAGAUGUGGACAGCCAGAAAUCUCAUCAGACAGGCUGAGCAGAGACUCAAAAUUUGCUACUAUGAACUUGACCUGCUAUGGCCUUGAGCGAGCUGUGCAGGGACCACGGCAGGGGACCGAGGGGCCGCCGCCUGCCCUGCGGUUGGGCUGGAGGAGAGGAUGAGCUCAGCCACGGUGCUGGGCCCUGCCGCAGAGCAGCACACAACCCUGCCCCUCGGGCACCCGUCUGCACACACCCAGCAAGGUCAGAGCCCUCGUUUUCAUGAUUUGGUGUCUCACUUUUUAAAAAAACCUUAUUCUAGCUUUUUCUGAAAGAUCCUCCCACCACCUCCGUGAGAUGCCAAAUGCUGAUGUAUUCUCUCUGGUAUUUUAUUUAUACUUUGAGCUUGAUCAACAAAAAACACCGUGGGCAGAUUGUGAUCGCCCUGAAUCAAUGGGAAUCCCAAAUUAAUCCAAAUUCUUGAUUUGCCUUAGGUUUACAGACUUCUACCAGAGACCACAAUCUAGUCCAGUGCAGAUCUUUUUCCCGCUUGAAAGAAAUAUAUCCUUAGACUGCUGAAGAGAACCCCACCACACAGAGGGAGGGGGGAGGGACCCUAUUUUUUUCUACUUUACAGAAUAGGUUUUAGAGUGCUGAAUACAAAUUCCGUAGUAAUAUUAUUACAGAACUGCAAGAAAUUUAAGAUGACCUUUAUAAUGUACAAAAUAUUUUUGUAUUUUUUUUCUUAAGGCAAAACCACAAACCCUAAUUUUUUACAUUGGACUAAAGGUAACUUUUUAAAGAAGCUUAUGCCUCAAAGAUUGAAAAUUUAAAAAACUAAAAAAAAAAGCUUAGUCUGUAGAGCAGCUUUAGGUUUAUUCCCUUGAUGUAGGUGCUUUUGCUUACAGUAGUGUAGAUGGGUUUUUUUAUUCCGGUUUUAGUUUGGAAGACCUAAACCUACUGCUUCGUCCUUCUCCUGCGUAAACUUCCGAAGCACUGAAUGAAAGCUGUGUGCACAAACCUGAAACGGUCUGAAGAGUCAUUUUAGAGAUUGAAUUAUUUUAACCCUUCGAGAAGUAGCAUUACCUGAACCGGCUGUCAGCUGUUCACUUAGUCACGUACUUAUUGCACUCAGAGGGUUAAUGAUAUAGCACUAGAUCGAUAUGCAAUCUGCUCGGUUUUAAAUUAAGCUCAGACAACAGCACGCUGCAGUGCUGAACAGAGGAACUCACCAGACUCCUCCCAGAUCUGACAGAUUCUCUUUUAUAUACUUGAUUUAAAAGCAAAAAAAACCCCACAUAUUGGAAAAAAAAGCUUAAAAUGUCCAAGUGUGUCUCAGCUUGUUGUGUGUUACCCUGAGAGCUCCCUGCUGUGAGCGCCAGCUGCUGUGACCACCCCAGAUGACAGAUCAGUGGUAACACCGGCUGUAAAGCUGGUGCAACAUAAGACCCGAGGGGUAUUCUGUGGUCGGAUGAAAAUGCAACUCAGCAGCAAAGGCAGGUACAAAGAAAAAGCAGAUGUGUCUGAAUAACACCUGAGGAGCUUUAGGGAUGAGUGGUGCGUGGCAAAGCCUGUGUCUCCUGCCUCGGGACGGGCAGCAUCAGCAGAGCCGGCCCCAUGGUGCUCCAGGCGGAGGGUACAGCACUUUCACCCAGCUCCUCCGAGGCAGGUUCUGUGGGUGCCUGCGCCUUGGUUCAGGGCACACCACCCAGCGAGAGACCCAGCUCUGCUCCAGCCUUUGAUACCAUUUUUAUUCCAUCCAAUUCCUGCAAAAUGUCCUCGGUGAGCCCUCCUGCCCCCUCUCUGGGAGCCCUUCCUCGUGCAUUCCAGCGCAGAAGCACAGCCACAGGGAUGGAGUAGGCACUGCUGCUUUCUGGCCCCGGGCCCCUGCUCCAUCCAUACAGGGUUGUAGCCAGGCCUCACCUGGUGCUUUCAGCAGCCACCCAAUAAUCUCAGAACAGGGGCCUGCUAUUCCGUAACACAGUCAGCUUACGUUGCCCUACCUAAGAAAAGUUUAGUUGGGUUUUUUCCCAAAACACCCUAGAUAAGAAACCCUUAUGCUGCCCCUUUUGAAGACAAAACAGUGCACAGGACCGAGCUCUGUUACAGCCCCAUGCCUGAUAAACCAUGCCAAAACAAACUUACUUAAUACCAAAAACAUGUCUUUAGAGAUGCUCUAUGAAGUGUUACUGUUUUGUGUUAAUACUCUUUUUUAACAGAAGGAAAACUUUGUCCUUCCGUUUUUAAUCGCCAACAGAUUUCUAAGUUCCUUUACAGCAAUUUCAACUCUUCCUGAAAUACAGAUUUGACAUCCUGAAAUCAGUCUGAAUGUAGAAGUCAUGGAAGUACCACUUCAUUCAACCCAGGAAAACCACUGUAUGUAUGUAGCAGGGAUAAAUGUUUUGCAGCUGUACUUUCCACCAUUUGUUGUAAUUUUUUUACUUCAUUGAGUUUGUAUUUUUUGGCUUUUAUGUUCAAAAUAUGUUUAUAGCUUUAUAAAUAAAAUAAUUGCCAGACUGGCUAUUCAAAAUAAGCCACUGGAAGUUAUAA